CUUUCACAUCUGGGUACAAAUGUAGUUGAAUUGUUUUCUAGCCAACUUCGUCAAAAGGCUCAAUACCCAACUUUAAUUGAUUUUCUUACAUAUGAUCGCGAAACAUUUAAUGAAAUUUGUAAAAAGUCAAUCAAUGCUCCAGGUUAUUACCAAUAUUCAGAAAAGAAAGAAAACUGUUGUUAUGGUAAUGAUAAAUUAAAAGAUAAUGGAAUAGUAAAGAAUAAUAGAAAUGAAAAGAAAUUGAAAAAUAAGAAAGGAAUAAAUUAUUUAUCAAAUAUGUCGUUAGAAGUUUACUGUAAAAUUUGUUCACAAAAAAUAAAGUUUACUUUAUCCACCAUCAACUCAACAAGAGAGCAUGCACAUAGAUGUGCAAAUGAUUAUUUGAAAGAAUGGGGGCUACAAGAAAUGGUACCAAAAGAUGUUUUUGAUAAUAAUUAUCAACAAAUGGAGCUUCUUAAAAAAGAAAACGGACAAAUAGAGUUUCUUAAAAAAGAAAACGAACAAAUAGAGUUUCUUAAAAAAGGAAACCAAAGACUUGAAAAUCUUUUAGAUUUAUACAAAGAAAUGGGUGCUUCAAAAAAACAAAAGAUUGAAAAAUGUCUUGGGGAUGAUUCAAUUUCUAGAGAAAGUUUAUCUGAAGUAAAAAUUGUCAGAGUUGAUACUAUACCAAAUCAAAAUAAUUCAAAAACUGGUAAUAUUCCAAUUGUUGAACCAAAUAUUAUUUCACCAAACACCAAUUUUCCAAAUUUCAGUGAACCAAAUAUUACUUCACAAAAUAUUAGUGAACCAAACACUUCUUCACCAAGCAUUAACCCAGAUAUUGCAAGUAUUCUAUCUAUUUUAGAAAAUUUUGGCCAAGAUGCUAAAAAAAUGAUACUUAAUCCAUACUUGAUCCCACUUUCUGCAACCGAACCAGAGGAUGAUCAAUGUUGUCAUUUUAAAAUUAGAAGAUCUAAAAUUGACCUUGCUCCAAUAACAUCUUUAGUUAAAGCACAAGAUUUUGCCUAG